UUGACUCAGUCCUCAAGUCAGCCCAACUACUCCAUCACAACAUUAUCUUCGCUGUUGAACAUGUCGUCUAAGCGCAUCGUCUUCAUUACCGGAGCCAACACGGGAAUUGGCCUCGAGACUAUCAAGUUCCUCCUGCAAUCAUCAAAGCCGUACCAUGUCAUCCUAGGAGCCAGGUCUGCUGAGAAGGGGGAGGAAGCCAUCGCCCAGCUCAAGAAGGAAUAUUCUUCUACACAGAGCUCAUUGGAGUUCCUGGAAAUCGACGUCACCAGUGACGACGCCAUCCAGAGCGCAUUUGACACCAUCAGCAAGAAGCAUGGGCUCAUUGAUGUCCUGGUCAACAAUGCUGGUGCCACAUUCGACGGCUUCGUCGUAUCUCGUCCCGAUGAUAUCGCCAGCGUUCGAGAGGCCUUCAACAAGGCAUACGACGUCAACACCUCCAGCGCGCAUGUCAUGACACACGUGUUCGCGCCUCUCCUGUUGAAGUCCUCCGAUCCCCGUCUCCUCUUCGUCACCAGCGGUCUCUCCAACCUGAAUGACAUGGCCGAACAUGGUCUCAUGCCCCACCUCGGGAAGGUCACCACCCCUGCCGGGUGGCCGAAGAACCCUACGCCGAUGGGCUACCGUUCAAGCAAGGUCGCGCUCAACAUGGUCAUGCUGAGCUGGCACUGGCUGUUUGAGGAAGACGGUGUCAAGGUCUGGUGUAUUUCGCCUGGAUUCCUGGCUACUGGUCUUGGAGGUAACCCCGAGGUGCUCAAGAAGAUGGGUGCUGGCGAGCCCAGUCAAGGCGGAGAGCUGAUCAAGAAGGUGAUUGAGGGUGAACGAGAUGCUGAUGUGGGCAAAAUCGUUGGCCAGAAUGGCAUUCAGACAUGGUAG